UCAAAGGAUUUAUAUAAGCGCCCUUCAUAAAAGACAAUUAAAACACUGAAAGAAAUGGCGCAACGUAAUUAUCGGGUGGACCGCUUUGCACAGAUGAGCAAGCAGGAGGAGAUAAUUGCGAAAAAACGCCAGGAAAUACUCGAGAAACAGCGUACGGCGCAGCUGGCCAAAGCCGUUGCCGCUGCCCAAACUUUGGCAGCCCAAUUGAAAACCAUUGAGACGCCGACGACACCGACAACAACGCCGGCGGCGGCGAUUCCGAUGCCACUCGAUGAACAGGAGGAACACGAGGAGCAUGAGGAGGAAGAACAGCAGCAUCAGCCGCAGCAGCUAGCGCCAUCGCCCACAACUGUAGCUGUGCCGGACGAGAUAAAUGACUUGGAAGUGGAUAAUGGCGAACAGACGGCUGCAUCGGGUGCAAGGGGCAAGUACGAUGAUAGCACACCCAAGACACUAAACAGUUUCACUGGCAAGACGGGCAAAAUAACAUUUAGCCUAAAGAGGCAACAUUUGCCACAACCGAGCGUUGAGCAACCGCCACCCAAGGUGAAGAACACCUUUUGUAACGAUGGUUCCUUUCUCGAGAAUUUCAAGAAAAUUCUUGAAAAGCACGAACAACCCAAACCGCCGCCUAUAAUUGUACCGCCCGUCCCAGUGCCUAUCGAUGAGAACAACCCUGGCGACACAGCACAGAGUGUGGAGAACAGCAGUCCGCAGGAGUCAAUGGAUCUGGCACUCAGUACGAUUGCGACGAGUGCGGCGGCAGUGAUAGCCACAUCUAUGGCUGGCAGCAUAACGGUGUCCAGUGCUGGACACAAUCAUCUCGCAUUUAGUAUGCCCGGCACUGGCCCGGGGAUGCCGCAGGUAGUGCAACCACCGCCACCGCCGCCGUUUGCAUUCAAUCCAACGCUGCUGGCGCAGGGACCGCCACAAAUGUCGCAAAUGGCUUUCUUUCAUGGACAUCAUCAUCAUCAUCCUCAUCAUUUGCCGAUGCAGCUGCAUCCGGCUGCAGUGGCACCACCGCCACCACCACCACCGCCACAGAUGCCAAUCACAUUGGCCAAUUUAACGCCAAUCUAUAUGCAAUUGGGACCAACACAGCUGCCGUCCGAAGCCGCAAUGCAUCAGCUGAAUGCGAUACCGGCACCCAAAGACUUUGACUUGAAUGCAAUACCAAAGCCGCAGAUCAAUCUGGAGGCCAUACAAAUGCCCACUGUUAGCCAGGUUGAGCAGUUAGCUCUGUUGCCGGAACAUGUUACAGUGAAUCCGCCACCGCCGCCCCCACCGCCCAUGCAGCCAGAGGAGCAAUCAACGCAGCAGCAGCAGCAGCAGCCGCCGCCGUCGGAACAACUGCAGCAGCCGCAACAGCAACAACAAUUGCAACAGCUUCAAGUGCAACAGAUGCAAGUGCAACAGUUGCAGAAAGUGCAAAUUCAGUCAUUGACGCCCCCAACACAAGUUUUUUCAGAAACAUGCAUACAAUUGCCAACGUGCAUAGAAAACCUAAUCGCACUGGUCGCUGAAAAUGGUGAAGAUUACGAAGAUAAAAUACGUUUGCAUAGAAGCGAAUUGCAUCCGGCCUUGUGGUUUCUUUAUGAUAAGAACUGCGAGCAAUAUCGAAACUAUCGCUCACAACUGCUCGAUUACGAACGGCAGCGUGCCGAGCGGCAGCGACAACGAGAACGGGAGCGGGAGCAGCAGCUAAACAAGGAGCAGCAGCAGCUACAACAACAGCAACAGCAGCAACAACAGCAGCAGCAGCAGCAGGAUGACCAAAAUAGUAACUCAGCAGCUGAUAAAUACGAUCCGGAAUCGGCAAUUAGCGCCGAUUUUGAUUCAGAUGAUGAGUACAUGCGUGGCAUGAUGGAUCGCAAUCGCGACAAUAUCAAACGACGCAUCGAGUGCCGCAAUGAGCUGAGCGACGAGGAGCGACGCGAACGCGAAGAGGAGGCGGCCACCAUGGCAGCAUCUGGCGAAGCAAACGAGCUGGACGAGGAGGAAGAUAGGGAGACACAGCGACAGCGGCGCAAGCGUGAGCGUAAGAGCCGCUGGGGCGAAAAGGAGCAGCUGCCCAGCAGCUCAGGCACCACACCCACCAGUUUUGGCAACCAGAACAAACCCAUGCUUAGUGCCGUCACACGCAACGAUCCGGCUCUAUUGCAGUAUGCGCGUCUUAAUUAUGGUUCGACCACAUUGUCGGAAGAUCAGUGGAAGCAGUGCGAGGAGCACUACAAGGUUAACUUGCUUUACCAGGACAUGAUGCGUAAGCGACAGGAAAUCGAUCGCUUGGCGCGUGGUGGCAAAUUCAAAUACGAAUACGACUCCGACGAGGACGUUGAGGGCGGCACCUGGGAGCACAAGUUGCGCAACGCCGAAAUGGAGGCGACACACUUGUGGGCCAAUGCGCUGACCAAACAAAGCGAGGGCAAGCAUCACAUUGGUGAUUUUCUGCCGCCCGAGGAGCUCAAGAAGUUCAUGGAACAGUACGAGGCAAAGAAGAAUAAUCGUCAGCCCGAUUUAAGCGAUUAUAAGGAGUACAAACUGAAAGAAGAUAACAUUGGCUUCCAAAUGCUGCAAAAGUUGGGCUGGAAGGAGGGACAAGGCUUGGGCCAAGACGGUGCCGGCAUUGUAGACCCCGUUAACAAAGCACCGCAGCGUGACGGUAAUCAAGGUUUGGGUGUCAACAGUGCCGCUCAGCCCGAGGAUUGCGACAAUGAGUAUGAUGCGUACAGGAAGCGCAUGAUGUUGGCCUAUCGCUUUCGUCCCAAUCCGCUGAACAAUCCACGACGCGCCUAUUACUAGGUGCCACACAUAGUAUAGCCACUAUAUAACAAUUGAUUAACUGAUGCUUUAUAAUGUUUAAGACUCACUUGCUAAAACCCCAUUUAUAUCCAUCAC